AUGGACUAUUUGAUAAAAUCUUGUGAAAGUUUAGUCAACCCUACCUGCUCUAUUGAAUUUGAAAAACUUGUGGAAUUUGGCUUAACCGGAAUCGUCAUUCGCGAAUAUCAACUACAAGGAAUUAACUGGUUAAUAAAUUGUGAUUUACAAAGUCAUGGUGGACUAUUAUGUGAUGAAAUGGGUUUAGGUAAAACAUGUCAGGUUAUUUGUUUUAUUUUAGCUAUCAGUAAUUGGAAAUCUAAUGCUACUUUUUUAAUUGUAUCUCCACUUUCUGUUAUAGAAAAUUGGAGAUGUGAACUUCAAAAUAUUGCUCCUAAUAUUUCAUUCAUGACUUAUAUCGGUGACAAAGUAACACGUUCUAACUUACGAUCUAAUUAUAACAAAUCAAUUAAAAUCCUGUUAACUACUUACGAGAUAUGUAUUAAUGAUGAAGCAUUUUUUAAAACAUUCUAUUGGAAUUAUGUCAUUAUUGAUGAAGGGCAUCGUCUUAAAAACUCUAAUACUCAAUUGUAUUCAAUGUUAAAUGAGACAUGUCUAGGAAUUCGUUUUAUACUAACUGGUACACCAGUUCAAAAUAACUUAGAAGAGUUGUUCAAUUUACUGCAUUUUGUCGCACCUAACUAUUUCCAUGGAAAAUUACGUUCUACAUUUUUAACUCAUUUUGGCAAUGCAGAUAAAAAAGAUGAAACAGAUCAAGAUAUGGCAAAAAUUCUACGUCCAUUCCUUUUACGGCGUAUUAAACAAAAUGUCUUAACUGAUUUACCACCACGUGCAGAUAUUUUAAUCUAUCAUUCAUUAACUAGUUUACAAACACAAAUUUAUCGGGCCCUAUUAACACGAAAUGCAGAUUUAUUUCAAUCUAUUACUGGUCAACAUAAUAAUGAUCUACGUAUUCACAAUCGUUUACAGAACUUGAUUAUGAAUUUAAGAAAAUGUGUAAAUCAUCCAUAUUUAUUUGAUGGUAUAGAACCAGAACCAUUCACACUUGGUGAACAUUUAGUUCAAACCAGUUCAAAACUUUUUCUAUUAGAUCUUCUUUUACAAUUUCUAUAUAAUCCUAAUCAUUCUAAUUUGGAUAAAUCAUUUUAUUCUUCUAAUUCAAAACCUACACAUAAAGUUUUAAUCUUUUCUCAAAUGACUCGUAUGCUUGAUAUUAUACAAGAUUAUAUGACUUUAAGAGGUUAUAGUUAUGAACGUUUAGAUGGUUCAGUACGUGGUGAAGAUCGUUUUCAAGCUGUUAAAAGUUUUAAUGAAGAUCAAGAAACAUUUGUGUUUCUACUUAGUACUCGUGCAGGUGGUCAGGGUUUGAAUCUUGUCUCUGCUGAUACUGUUAUCUUUGUUGAUAAUGAUUUUAAUCCACAAAUCGAUGUACAAGCCGCUGGGCGUGCUCAUCGUAUUGGUCAGACCAAGCCAGUUCGAAUAAUAAGACUUGUUUGCCGGCAUACUGUUGAAGAAGCAAUAUUAUCUCGUGCAGAAACCAAAUUAAAAUUAGCAACUCGUGUAUUAAAUACGACAGAUUUAAAAAAUCUAGAAAAUAAAACUGAUAAACCGUUCACAUUCGAUGAGUUGAAUAAUGUUCUUAAAUUUGGAUUGGCUAAACUACUCAAGACAACUGAUAACGAUGUUGGCAACAAUGAUGAGGAUGACAAGAAAGUUAAUCUGAAUUUUACUCAAAUACUUGGUGAAACAGAUCAUGAAACAGGACACUGGUUACCAGUUCCUCCAUCAACCAUAAAUAAUGGCACCUUAGAAGAACAGAUAAAUUCUUGUGGUUGGGUGCUACUCACAAAUGAACCGUUUCACUGUGAACCUAGUGAAGCUGAUCAAGAAGCAGUUAAAAAGUUGCAACAAGACUAUGAAUUAACCAAAUCUAAAUUAAGCGUUGAAGAUGAUGAAUUGCUUGCAUCAGAAAAUAUUACAGGAUUUAGUGUAUCGAAUUCUACUUUCACCAAAUUGAAUAAGCAUCGCAAAAAGUUAACACCAGAAGAAAUUGAAGCUCGUAAUAAAAAGGCUGCUGAGAAUAAAGCUAAACGUGAAUAUAAACGAAAAGAAAAUGAAGCGAUUCGGAGCGCUGAACGUUUAGAAAGAAAACUUUCCUUGUGGCAAUCUGUUGGCUAUAAAACAUUCAGUGUGUUCCGAGAUGAAUCAACUAUAGCUAAAGUAAAUCAUUAUCCACAUCCUAAUCAUAGGGAUCAAUUCGAGAAUGUACUUGAUAAUGAUAAUGACUUCCGAGAUGAAAUAAGAAAUAACAUGGCAAGUGAAGAGUUUCCAUAUGGAACUGAUGCUGGAAUCUACUAUAAAAUUGGUGAUGCCUCUGAGCCACUUAGUAUUUUCUCAUUAAUGAAAGCUGCAAAUAAAAUUGAUGGUACACCACCAUAUUUUGUAUGUACUACUAUUGAUAACAGUGGUCAUUGGAGUCAUGGUGGAAUAUUUCGAGCUCUUGAUAAACGUAGUAAUAAUCAAAUCAAAGAUGCAUAUGAAUUAGCUGGUCAAAUGGAUGAUUUAAAUUUAGGUGAUUGUUUAAUUGUUCCGAUUGAGAAUCCUGACAAUUCAUCAUCUUUAUCAUCAACAAAAAAAGAAAUUAAAACUUUUAAUGACUAUUUAACCAACCAUCAUAACAAUAAUGAUAAUAGUGAUGGUGAUAGCACUAAACCGAUUGUCCAUAAUCAUUGGUCAAAUAAUUUUUCUGGCCUGUUAAUUGCUCAAAAACAUUCCAGUAAAACGUAUUCAACUGGUGAAGCUCCAGAUUUACAACUAAAUGCAUUAGAAAAAAGUUUAUGUGCUCUUGGAAUGGCUUGUGCACGUUUGAAAUUGUGCUCUGUUCAUAUUCCCCGAUUAGGGCAUGGAACUCAAGCAUUUACAUGGUAUAAAAUUGAAAGAUUAUUAAGAAAACAUCUUGUUGAUCAUCAUCAUAUUUCAGUAUAUGUAUAUUAUUAUCGUCCAGUUAAUGCAGAUAAUCAACAUUCAUCUGAUUCCUGUACAACAUCUACUGUUUCAUGUUCGUCUACAUCAACUAAAGAACCUUUUAAGUCUCUGAAACGAAAAAUCUCCUCUUCAGAAAACAAAAUUAAUUUUAACCAAAAUCUGGAAACUAUGCAACCAGCCAAAUAUUUGUAUAAUUUAUUUACAGGCAAAUCAUUCUAUAUUGACAAUUCUCUAGUUGAUGACAAUGAUGGUGAUGUGAAGAAGUUAAAACGAAUAAUCAUUGCAUAUCCUUUUUAUUUGUUCAUUAUUUAA